CAUAGUCAGUAUAUACACUGUGCAAUCAUAUAGCCUGCAAAUGACUCACUGUGCACCUGGUUUCCAUGCUGUCUUGCAGUCUCCUGCCGUGAAGGAGGUGCUUAAGGAUCAGGAUGGCAGAAAAGGACUGAUUGCAGCCAUCUGUGCAGGUCCUACUGCACUUCUGGCACAUGGCGUCGGUUACGGUAGCACAGUCACUACACACCCUGCCAUGAAGGAGAAGAUGAUGGCUGGAGACCACUAUAAAUAUUCAGAGGCUCGAGUACAAAAGGAUGGACAUUACAUCACCAGCCGUGGGCCAGGAACCAGUUUCGAGUUUGCCCUGACGAUUGUAGAAGAACUUAUGGGGGCUGAGGUUGCAGCUCAAGUCAAGGCUCCUCUUAUUAUGAAAGACUGACUGUGUUCACUUUCAUCCUGCAAGCAGCGCUGACUGCUAUAUAAGUCUGGCACUGCUAAGACAGCUAAUCCAAUGUAGCUGAUACAAGGAGUAACCAGUGAUAAAACCUUUCUCACUAGGUGACAUAAGGAUGUUUCUCUUCUGACCUCCUUCCUUUCUUAGUUUGGCAAUGAAAGGCACCUUUUUUGUUAUUUAACAUCGAAAUACAAUAUAGAUAAUAACUGUACAGGCUUUCCAAAUGACAUGAAAUUGAUUUUGUUUCAUUGUCAUCAAUCACAAAUUGCUCAUUAUUUUGACAGCUUUUUUGUUUCAUCUGUCAUUAAAAAAUGAAUGCGACA